AUGCUCUCUAACACUGCUUUCCAUUUACCUAGUGGGAAUUCAAAUACUAACGGCUCCCAGAACUAUCCUCCCCCUCCACCUCCUCAGGGAAUCCAGCCUAUCCCUAAGAAAUCAAGAACAAUAAAGACUGACAAGCCAAGACCAUUUCUAUGUCCUACUUGCACAAGAGGCUUUGUAAGACAGGAGCAUUUGAAAAGGCAUCAAAGAUCGCAUACAAGAGAGAGACCCUUUCUUUGUGUUCUUUGUGGGAGAUGUUUUGCAAGAAAAGAUUUAGUUUUGAGACAUCAACAAAAAUUACAUGCUACUAUAGUAUCAAACACAGCUUCUAAUAGAAGCGAUAAGUCCUCUACCGCUAUCAAUAAUGAUGCCAAUAUCAUGAAGGUCGUGGGCAAUAAAGAAACUAUGUUACCAACCCCUCAUAAUCCCUUAGCAAAAGUACAAAUUCAAUUGGAUUCCACAUCCAAUGAGGAUAAUACUAAGAUUACAAAUGACUACUCGACUUCAAAUUCAACUUCUUCCAUUCAAACUGCAAGUAGUACCAGUAUCAGAGAUUCUAUCACUUUUAAUAACACCUUUAUUAAUAGUGCAAAUUCAAAUAGACAUUUACAAGUCCCAAUUAAUCAUGAACCAAAUAAGAAAAGACACGCAUCUUUCUCGGCGUCAAGUGCAUUGACGUAUGUCUCUACACCGGUGGAAAGAGUCAUCACUACUCCGAUUAAUGUAAAUCCUACAAUUGACGCUCAUGAAAAGAGAACCUCUUACGUUACUACUCAAAGCCGUGAGGAUUCAUAUCAAUCUGAUGGAAUUCCUCACCAAGUAGGUUUCUCCACGCCACAAUUGACAGCACAGCAAUUGCUAGAUAAAGCGUUAGAUUCAGGUCUAUUAGAUUUGGACCCAUUAUCUCUACCACCACAACACGCAAAGCCAGUGGAAUUCAAUCAACUUUCUUCUAAUACAGAUUAUAGCAUAUUGAAUUUCAAAAAUUUUGGCAGUCACGAUAACGUUAGAUCAAAAUCCCAUCCAGAUACAAAUGCUACUGCUAAAAUUAGUAAUUACAUGUUUUUAACAAAAUUACCAUCAUUAACUGACAUGUUAACAAUGGGGUCUUCCAUGGGUGGGAUAGGCGGUUAUUAUAAGAAAAAUUCCUCGUUAAACUUAAAUUUAAACUCUUUUGACUAUAAAUUAAAUAACAACAAUUUCCACAACGAAGAAAAACCAUCAAAAUUAAUGGAUGCACAAACUAUCAAUAAUAACAUUGAUAAUGACCCUUGGUUAUCGAAGUUUCUAGAUGACUCAAAAUUUACUUCAAAUUUUAAACUAAACAUGGAAAAUUUCAAUAAAAUUGGGUUUUGUAGCCAAUCUGAUACUUCUUCGUCACUCUCCAAAAGUGAAUCAAAUUCUGCUGUAAAUACAUUAGAUUUUGAUAUCGACAAAGACCAUUUGGAUAUACCAACAAUGACAGAUGUAGCAAGUAAUAACAACAGCAAUACUUCAAAUGUUUUAUCUAUGCCUAUGCUUGAUCAUCAUAAUAGUAGUGGAAAACAUGAAUUAGUAUCAGAGAAUGUUGCAUAUGAACAUAUGUCAUCCUCUCAUAAGCAAAAGCAUAGGGUCACAAAGAAACGACAAACUCAUGGCCUUCGUUCCCCUCUGGAUUAUCAUAUCUCAGAUUUUUUCACUUCCAGACAAAAAGAUAUAUAUAAGUUAGAAGCGGAAAAUGAAAGUCAAUUACAGCAACCGUUAACAAUAAACUUCAAGAAUAAAUCACUUUCUAACGAGAAUUUGGCAAAUGAACUAUUAAAUUUUGAUCAUAAUAGCAUCACAAGCCCUUUAAAUCCACUAUAUGCCAAUUCAAUGCCAGAAUUGCAUUUCUUUGAUGAGAAUUUAAGGUCUUUUAUUAUUAAAGAGAAUAAUCUUUCCACAUUUCCUACCUUGCAGGAAUUGAAUAAGAGUGUUAGAUUAUUUCAAACUGAGUUUGGCCGUUAUUUCCCAUUCAUUCAUCUUUAUUCAAUUGUCCCUUCAAAGGAUAAUUAUCCAUUGUUUUUAGCAAUUUCCAUGAUUGGGUCACUAUACACUUUCCAUUCAUCUCAUUCCAAAAUAUUAUUUUAUGUGGCAGAUACUCAAUUAAAAAAAUCAUUGGAAUUGAACAAGUCUAGAAUCUAUAAUGCGACACCAUUAUGGACUAUCCAGACAAUGGUCUUAUUAACCUUCACAAGUAUCUUCAGUAAUGAUGCAAAGAUCAUUAAACAGAUUAAUACUCAAUUGAUGACUUUGAAUCAAUUUGUUAUCAUGAAUAAAUUAAAUUUGCCUCUAGAAACAUCUUUGAAGCCACCUAUUCCAAAUCAUCACGUUUACGAAAAUGGUGUCAACUCUGAAGUUAUUGAAGAGAUGAAACAACAAUAUGAGUCAAAGGAACAAAUUGAGAAGAAUUUCAAUUAUUUUAUAUUGGCCCAAUCCAGGAUAAGAACUUGUCAUAUGAUUUUAAUUCUAUCCAAUUUUUUUGCCUCAUUAGUUGGGGUUCAAUGCUCUUUCCAUUCGAUUGAUGUCAAAUGCGGUAUUCCAACAAAAUAUGAGGACUUAUUUCAAUCAGUUGAUGCCAAAACAUGGAGUGAAUUACUCGCGGAGAAAAAACUAGUUAUAGAUUCUAAGUUUUCUUUGAUUGAACUUUCGAAUGGCGGCGAAUCUUUCGAAAACUGUUUGAUUUAUCUUUCCAACGGAAAUCAUUUAUUUAUCAACAGGAAUGGUAACGUUUCAAAGUUGACAUUGUUAUCGAUGUUACUAUCAAUCCAUGAGAAGAUAUUCAUGGAAAGAACUAAAAAUAAUAAUCCAGAUUUCCAUCUAGAUAAUGGAACAAAGGGCCCUAGUGACAGGGAAAGUGAUAUGAAUUGGAAGAUGAAUUCAAGGCCAAUUAUUAACACUAUGAUUCAACAUUGGGAGUCGUUGUAUCUUGGGCUAGGUGGCAUUUUAGAACCAACUAAUAAUACAAUACCUCUAAUUAAUCUAGAUCCUACAGCAAGGUUAAUUAUCCCAUUAUAUUGCUUCGCAAAGAUGAGAAUGUCCCUUGAUUUGAGUUAUGUUCUACACAGAAUCUGGCUGAAGGACUGGAAAAUGAUGAAUAAGACGUUAGAAGAAAUUUGUUAUGAUUGGGAAUCACUACAAGAAGGUACCGAUAUUGCCAUUGAUGUCAUUCAUUCCUGGAUUUCAAUAUUAUCAAUAGUGAAAAAGGUCGAUGUUGAUGAGGGCAAUGGUAAGCCCGGAUAUAGAACACCCAUUUUUACCGUCACAUGUUUAUUCUGUUCGAUAAUUUUAAUUGCAGAAUAUUUAAAACGUAUUGAAGACUGGGCGGAAAAUAAUAGUAAGGAAGUGAGUACUCCUUCAUCGCAACCGAAAUCUGAAUUACCAAUGACCGAUAAGAUUUUGUAUGUGAAAAUUUCACAAAUGUUGAAAAAGAUUCAGAAUGUUUUAUUGCCAAAAAAUGACAAUAUGCAAUCAUAUCUAGAUUACUUGAAACUGCAAGCACGGAAAUCGGUCACAACAGUAGAUCAAUUAGAUAACGAUGAUGAACUUUUGGAGGCAAUGGCACCAACUUCUAGCGUGGAUGAAACCAUCAGAGUUAUCAAGAAUUUACAGUUUUCCUCUAGAACCCUAUAUUUAGGUGUCAGAAUUCUUGGAGAUGCACCAAUUUGGCCCGUCGCGAUAUUAUUUGCACAUGCUUUACAAAAUAGAGCAUUGUACAAUGUAAGCAAAAGUAAAUCACUUACUGAACAAUAA